GGCUCAGACGUACUUGCAGUCGCCCUGUAGCGGUGUGGCUUUCUUCACGCAAUUAUCGAGUGUGUUGUUCGCGGUGCAAAAGACUGAGGAUUAUCCAGUGUCUCAAUUAAUUGCUGAACGACAACUCUCUAGAGGAAGGAGAUUCCUAGCAAAAGACAUCAAGAAACGUGAAAGAACGCUGACAAAAAAGUUAUGAUUUGUGUGUGAUUCAAUUAAGUGAGUUCCAUAAGAGAAAUUUUCAUUAGCAUCGUUGUUUUUUGGACGAGGAAUAAUUGUGUUCUCUCCCAACUUGGCGGCUCGAACACAGGGAAGUGCCGCAUAUCUCUCAUCAAUAUCGAUUGUUUGCCUCUCCAUCGCGGAAGCCCAAACAGUGGAUCUGAAUCUACCUGCAUCCAUGUGUGGCGGAGAAUUGGCCUAGAAGAUGCGUGGUCACUGGGAAAAAGGGCUUUUCCGCUCGUGAGGAGAUAUGGAAAAAAAAUAUUUAAAGAAAUGCUGAAUUCUCUACACAAAGGCUUGAUGCCAGAAAUAGAAAGGAUUCUUCCAAUUGAAUUAAUGUGGACACUAAAAAAUGAAACCAACUCGGCGUGCAGGCAAUAAUUUGAUGAGUUGGUGGUUUUCAUUCCAUCUUUCGACGCUUCGGGUCGAAAAGAGCCACUUCUGAAGGGAAAUUAUUCAGCAUUUAAUAGAGGAAAUGCUGAAGCACGUUCAAAUAUCGCCUCUUCGCAACCGAUCGGACUCCCUGUCACUGCGCUCCAACACGUCAUGCUCGUCUUCGCUGUGCGGCAGUCCAGAGCCCAGCGAUGACCUGCCCGCGAGAAGUCCAUCGAGGGCCUCGAGCUACUCCAGCCUCAGCGACACAGUCCCACAGACGACGAUUAAGAUAUUCACCACAUGCCUGAAGAUCGACAUUGAAUACAAGACGCUGGGCAUUCAGUGGGACUCCACGAGUCGCGAGAUCGUGGCGCAAGUCUUGAGGCGCUGCAAGAUUCGUCAUAAGGACCCCAGACUCUUCUACCUGUCCAUGGAGGUCACAGUGCGCCGAGCUGGCGUGAAGACGCUCCUGGUGUUGGAUGAUGAGGCACGUCCGGCGAUCUUACAGGCGUGCCACCCCAAAGGUGACUCACGAUUCUGCCUACAGCUCAAGGCGGGCGGCCUCGUGCGCGUCCACACUUCAGCCCUGCAGCCACUGUCACAGUACAAGAGCCUCCUCAUAUCUGAGGAGACCACGUCGGACGAAGUUCUGGGAUUGCUCCUCACCACGUACAAUUCUGCUGAACCAGUUGAGCAAUUCUCCCUCUACGAGGUGUGUCCGAGUCAGGAGUAUCAGCGAAAACUGCAUCCGGACGAUUUACCACUGCGUGCUCAGGUGCAGCGACAACAGCGCGGGGAAACAUGCCAUUUCCUGGUGCGUCGCAACCCCAAUUACCCUCGUCGGCGGCAGAUUUUGCCUCCGAUCCAGGAGAGCAAUCCAUCUCUGGCCGCAGAUCAAACAACGCCAGCCAAGGCGGAAGAGACAAAGGCCGAGGGGUUGACCGUUAAAAGCAACGAUGAUGUUGGCAAAGGUAUUUGCAAAAUGUGCAAGAACAGCUUCAAAUCGUGCGAGUAUUGCAACAAAAGCUCCCCGAGGGAUAAAGCGGCCAACAGUGUUUCAUCCCACCCUUCACCAUCAUUAACAUACCAUCCGGUGUACAACAUCAGGGAAAUUAGGACUGUUUGUCACUCAUUUUCAUCUCUCGGUAUGGACAAAAAGCUGCUGGACAUCAACAUGAAACCGCCUGGACAGCGGCGAGGACAGACAAAGAGCCGACCUUAUGGAAAUUUUGUGUAUAUCUGAAUCAGUUUAUCUCGAAUAUUGUUCAUUUAGCGAUGAUUACGAACUCACUUUAAUCCACCUACACACAUGUUACAAUUUACCCUCAAACGCGAGAGAGUAUUUUUAUACAUAAUUGUAUUCAUUUAAAAUUCACAAGGCAUUUCUAUUUAAGGGAUGUUUCAGGGCAAAUUUGGCACCAAACAUGGCUCGGAAACAUCGUUUGCCAAGGAGGAACAAGAGAAGACCAAAAUACUAGUCACAUUCAUAUCAAAUAUAAAUGUAUUUCAUCUAGCUAUCGAGGCAUAAUAUAAAAGUAAUGGCAAGAUUAAUGUAUAAAGUUUCGCAUAUGGCCUAACUUAGUGAAAUCACACCGAGAGUUUGCCUUUUUCCGCCAAAUUAACCACGCAAUUGCGAACAAAUUGGUCGGAUAAAUUGAUUUAUUUCAUCACCUUUUGCAGAGCUCUCAAGAGGUCUAUAAAUCCAAGAGAAGCACAUUAAAAUAAUCUUUUUGUCGUACAUUUACGAAUUGUCGUGGGUGUCCCCUUGAGAAUGGCAUUUGACAAGAGAUUUUUUGAUGUUUUGGAAUAUUUUCGCAUGUAUUGAAUUCCUCGAACGCAUUUGCUUUGAUGUUUGUUAUUUUUACAAGCUUUGCAACAAUUUUCCUCUUAAUUCAUAAAUCUUAUAAGAAUUCAUGGAAAUUAAAAAGUUAAUAAACUCAAGAAAACUUUCUAAAUACUUUUACAACUUCAUACGGUUAUGAAACGUCAUUCAAUUUAUUUUCCCUGGCGGAAAGCUAAAAAAAAGAAGGAAUAUUGAUUUGUCAGGAAAAGCUUCAAAGCCUUGUUCCAAACUCUUUCCCGAGUCGGAAGUUUUACAUGUAAAGUCCUUCUGAGUAAUGCGAAAAUGGCGCUUGAGGAAUUCGAAAAGAAAAUUCUAAUAAAGAAUUAAUUACUCUUCCCCUCUCGAUGUUUUUGUUAUUAGAACGUCUUUCUAGAAAAUUAUACCACAGCGAGUAUGGUAAUUUAUAACAAAUAUCUUGUAUAUCUUGUAACAUUAAAAUUAUCUCAACCUUAUAAUCUCAAUUGAAGCAUUUUAUAGAAUACAUAAAACAAAUAGGCUCUUAGUUCUUUGUAAGAAAAUAUAGCACUUCUAAAGACAACAGUGUUGGCCAAAGAAAUGACAAAAACAAGUAAUAAUAAAGUGUAAGCAAAGAAGUAACAUAGAAAUAUGUAUAUUUUAUAGUAUCGAAAUAAAAGCAGCGUCUAGAAUCUAGAAGAGUGAAAUUGAAAAUUAUUUC